AAGUUGAUUGGCGCGGACGUUCGCGGGAUAGUGUUUGUGGCGCCAAGUAGAGCUAGGUUUCUUCUAGGUGGGGAAACUGCGGACUCCUCGGGCUCCGAGUGGAUUUUGUGGACGACGGCCCCGUUACAGCCCUCGGGGCGCCGCGGCCAGCAUGUGGAAUAGUGGCUUUGAUGGAAGCUACGGGAACACGUCAUACGGAGGUGGAGGCUACUCACAGGCCCCAGGAGGCUUUGGCACUCCCACUGCUUCUCAGGCUGAAAAGAAAUCAAGAGCACGAGCCCAACACAUUGUUCCUUGCACCAUAUCACAGCUCCUGUCUGCCAACCUGAUUGAUGAAGUAUUUAAGAUUGGAGAAAUUGAGAUUUCACAGGUCACUAUUGUGGGAAUAAUCCGACAAGCAGAGAAAGCACCCACGAACAUUGUUUACAAAAUAGAUGAUAUGACUGCUGCGCCGAUGGAUGUCAGACAAUGGGUAGACACUGAUGACACAAGCAGCGAGAAUACUGUGGUACCACCAGAAACCUAUGUGAAAGUGGCUGGUCAUCUCAGGUCUUUCCAGAACAAAAAGAGCCUGGUAGCAUUUAAGAUUCUUCCUCUAGAGGACAUGAAUGAGUUUACCAUCCAUAUCCUGGAAACUGUCAAUGCUCAUAUGAUCCUAAGCCAAUCCAUCAGUCAGCCCUUGGCAGGAAGACCUUCUCUCCACACUUCUGGAAUAGGUGAUGCAGGAAACUUCGGAGGAAACAGCUUUGGGGGGAACAGUCUGAUGCCAGCAAAUGGCCUCACUGUUACCCAGAACCAGGUGCUGAAUUUGAUUAAAGCUUGUCCCAGGCCAGAAGGCAUGAACUUCCAGGAUCUCAAGUCUCAGCUACACAACUUAAAUGUGUCUGUGAUCAAGCAAGCUGUUGACUUUCUCAGCAAUGAGGGACACAUCUAUUCCACUGUGGAUGAUGACCACUUCAAAUCCACAGAUGCGGAAUAACUCGACAACUGGUUCUGUUUUCAUGAGCCCCCUCCCUUUGUGCCGCAGUUUGAUCCAGGGACUUGGAUAAGAUUUUCAUGGACGUUCUCAGCACCCACUCAGAGACUCUACUUCCCAGCUCCUUUUUGAGGCUCCAGUUAAUACCGAAGACGCUUACCAGUCAGCUGGCAAAGACUGGCCUGAAUGUUUGCACCUGGUAGAGGGGGGCACAGAGAAGUUGGGGAAAUGUUAUUUAAAAGAGGGUUUGAAAACUUGUGUCUUAAAGCUUCCCUCCCUCAGGAGAAGGUGUGUGCUUCUGGAAUGCUUCCAGUCGUGCUGCCUGCUUGCUCGGGCUCUGGGGCGCACUGGAAGGAUGCGCGUGUCUGUCGUAGAAAUGCAUCAUGCUGCUGAGGAGCCUAAGGGAAGAUCAUUAGGUAGAGUGCAAAAUAAACUUAUCCUCAUCUUUGAUUAAG